CGGCCCCAGCCGCCUCUGCGGAGCCCGCCAGGAGCCCCCGGAGCGCGGCCACGGUGCAGCUACCAUCAUGGCCCAGACCCUGCAGAUGGAGAUCCCAAACUUUGGCAACAGCAUUCUGGAGUGCCUGAAUGAGCAGCGGCUUCAGGGCCUGUACUGUGAUGUGUCAGUGGUGGUCAAAGGUCACGCCUUCAAGGCCCACCGGGCAGUACUGGCUGCUAGCAGCUCCUACUUCCGGGACCUGUUUAACAGCAGCCGGAGCGCCGUGGUAGAGCUGCCAGCAGCUGUGCAGCCCCAGUCCUUCCAGCAGAUCCUCAGCUUCUGCUACACGGGCCGGCUGAGCAUGAAUAUGGGGGACCAGUUCCUACUCAUGUAUACAGCUGGCUUCCUUCAGAUCCAGGAGAUCAUGGAGAAGGGCACCGAGUUCUUCCUCAAGGUGAGCUCCCCCAGCUGCGACUCCCAGGGCCUACACGCUGAGGAGGCACCGUCUUCUGAGCCCCAGAGCCCUGUGGCUCAGACAUCGAGCUGGACGGCCUGCAGCACCCCGUUGCCCCUUGUGUCACGCGUCAAAACAGAACAGCAGGAGUCGGACUCGGUGCAGUGCACGCCUGUGGCCAAGCGGCUGUGGGACAGCAGCCAGAAGGAGGCUGGGGUUGGCGGCAGCAGUGGUGGCAAUGGUAGCCGCAAGAUGGCCAGGUUCUCCACAUUGGACCUGGCCACCAACCGGCCACCGCAGCAGGCCCUGGCGGCGGCUGCGGCAGCAGCAGCAGCAGCAGCAGGGGGAGUGGUGAGUGGGCCCAGCAUGUCUGAGCGGACCAGCCCAGGCACCUCGAGCGCCUAUACCAGCGACAGCCCAGGCUCCUACCACAAUGAGGAGGACGAGGAGGAGGAUGCAGGCGAGGAGGGCACAGAUGAGCAGUACCGACAGAUCUGCAACAUGUACACCAUGUAUAGCAUGAUGAAUGUCGGCCAGAGUGCUGAGAAGGUGGAGGCCCUACCUGAGCAGGUGACCCCAGAGUCCCGGAAUCGCAUCCGGGUGAGGCAAGACUUGGCUUCUCUCCCAGCCGAGCUCAUCAAUCAGAUUGGUAACCGCUGCCACCCCAAGCUCUAUGAUGAGGGUGACCCCUCUGAGAAGCUAGAGCUGGUGACAGGCACCAAUGUGUAUAUCACAAGGGCACAGCUCAUGAACUGCCAUGUCAGCGCAGGCACACGGCACAAGGUCCUGCUGCGGCGCCUCCUGGCCUCCUUCUUUGACCGGAAUACACUGGCCAACAGCUGUGGCACUGGCAUCCGCUCUUCCACCAAUGACCCCAGGCGUAAACCGCUGGACAGUCGCGUCCUCCACGCUGUCAAGUACUACUGCCAGAACUUUGCCCCAAACUUCAAGGAGAGUGAAAUGAAUGCCAUUGCGGCUGACAUGUGUACCAAUGCCCGCCGUGUUGUUCGGAAGAGUUGGAUUCCCAAGGGGAAGCCACCUGAGAGUGACACCUACACCACCUUCAUCAGUGACACGGGCAAGCUAGAGCCGGACAUGAUGGGCGUGGAGCACAGCUUUGAAACGGCCAGCCAUGAUGGCGAGGCUGGCCCCUCGGCCGAGGCCCUCCAGUAACCCCCACCAGGCCCUCCAUGAGGCUGUCACACUCCCCCUCCUGUCACCCACCCACCUGCCAUCUUGGUCACGAGCUACUGUCUGUCCCUCCCCAGGACCCAUGGGGUGUGCUGCAUGCUCCCGGCCCCUCAGCCUCCCGUUCCAACCCUGACCCUAAUCCGAGUGGGCUGGGAGAGGAUGGCAGUGGUGCGAGCUCUGCGUGGCCUUCUCUCUCUCUCGCACACACUCGUGCACAGUCGGGGAGCAUUUGCUCCCCCUCUCCUAACCCCUAGCAAUUGUUUUCCCAUUCCACUCAACCAGGCCGGGUAGGGGAGGGGUCCUCUGCUCCACCCUUCACUGCAGCCCCUUGGGACUUGCAGGAGCCCCAGGGUGCUCAGGAACCCUCCUGCCACCACCUCCCAGUGCUUCCACGUUUCCAAAAGCGCCUUCCUGUCUCUCUCGUCUGUCCCUGCGCCUGGGGCUGGGGUAGGCGAGGCUGUGGGGACUGCCCUUGUGACAGCUGAGGAAAACUGAGUCUCAGAAAUCCUACGACUGACCUAGACCAACCUAAGGUGGCAGAUGGCGGUGUGCCCAGCACCCUUCUCUCUCCCCCACCCUGUGCUCAGCCUCUCUUACACCCAUUAGUCCCCUGGGGCCUGAGAGGGGCAGGUCCUAAGUGAGGGAUGCAGACCAAGAGUCUCUGAGGAUAGGACAAGAGGUUUCCAGGGCUCACAGGUGCGCGUGUGUGUGCGUGUGUAGAGGUCUUGCUUUUAAACAAAUGAAGAUAUGAGAGGCAGUGGGACCAGGAUUGGAACCAGGGAAGCAUGCUGGCAGGCUGCUGCCCUUCCCUCCCUCCCCAACCCUAUCCCGCGGCAGGGCUCCCAGCUCC